GGCAGAAGAAGCACCUUUUGGGGCCGCCGUCCUGGCCUUGCCCCCAAAAUUUGCCGGGAGGGGAACUCGGGAGGACCAUGCCGCACAACAUACCAUCCAUGAGCUCAGAUUUCCAGCAUUAUAGUUUCAGGAUGCCAAACAUUGGAUUCCAAAACCUGCCUCUCAACAUAUACAUCGUGGUCUUCGGCACGGCGAUUUUCGUCUUCAUCCUCAGUUUGCUUUUCUGCUGCUAUUUGAUAAGAUUAAGACAUCAAGCUCAUAAAGAACUUUACGCCUACAAACAGGUGAUCCUAAAGGAAAAAGUCAAAGAACUCAACUUGCACGAGAUCUGUGCGGUUUGUUUAGAAGAAUUCAGGCCCAAAGAUGAACUGGGAAUUUGUCCGUGCAAACACGCGUUCCACAGAAAAUGCCUUAUUAAAUGGUUGGAGGUCCGAAAAGUUUGUCCUCUCUGCAACAUGGCUGUCCUGCAAUUGGCCCAGCUCCACAGCAAGCCGGAUCACCCCGGACCGCCCCAGGAACCCCUGCCUGGCACAGCCAACAUCGUAUAGCUACCCGAUGGCUGCCCCUUCGUCCUCCCUCACGGACUCCAAUUCCCGCAGAGACUCUUCGCCGAUUGCUGGGCCCGCUGCUCACGGCCUCCAAGCGUUUUCUCGGGCACCCUUUAUCUCAUGAAAAAAAAUAAAUAAAUAAACCGCCCGGGACUCA